CAAAGAAUGUCCUUAGUCUUAACCUUCUAUUCUCGUGAUUCAAAACAGUUCAUAAAAUAUACUUAAAUAUUGUAAAUUUGUUUAUAGCUUAAACGUUUAUUUGAUUAUUUUCUUCUUAUUUCAAUAUUAAUAGAUUUUAUAGUCAAAUAGUUUCAAUGUGAUGAUAUGAUUGAGAGUCAUUCGUCAUGAAGAAAACAUCAUCAGUAGUUCGUUGUGAUAAAACUUUUUUAUAUAUAUCCACCCUAGAACUUAAAAGCUCUUUGAAUGUCCUGAUUUUUCCAGUUUAUUGAAUUUUCAUAGAAUAUGAUUCAGUGUUUUUUUUUGCGAUUUAAAUUACAGUUGUGUAAAGAAAUGCUAUUUAAAUUCGUUCAAGCUAUGAACUAAUAGUGCAAAUAAAACUUCAUGGCUAUCAAUAAUAUAACCAAUUUUAUACUUAGUAAAUCGUUUAGUUGAAUGAGAAACAUAAAAUCAUCUAACACAAAAAUAAAAAAAUAAAUCAACAUUAAGAGGUAAAAACAUAAUGCAUUCGGUCGGGAUUCAUUCUGCAUUGGCCAUUAAAAGGCAACGCAAGCGUAGAGAUGAGCAAAAACGAGCACGAGGAAGGCGUUAUAGCACUCAAAGUUCUGACAGUGGAGAUACCCUUCAUUCUCCUAAUGGAUCUGUUAAAAGAAGGCACAAUCAUUAUAAGACAUCUGGUAAAGCUGGUACAGAAAUGUUGGAGACCCAAGUUGUUACCAGUAUUGGGAUGCUUCAUAUUGGUGUUGUAUUCGUGGUGUUUGGAAUAUUUUUACUUGGAGCCGGAAUAAUUCCCGACGACGCAACUUCUUGGAAUGUAUUUGGUCCAACAAACGCUUGGUGGAAUGAGGUUACAUGUACUGGACUCUUUUCUUUGGGAUUGGGUAUAUUUCUUCUUGUUCUUAAUUGCGUGAUUAGUCGUAAGGAAGAGGAAGAUCUUGAAGAUUAUGUUCAGAGGCAACUGACUAGAUCUCGUUCUGGUCAUCGUUUGGAGCGAGAUGUUGAAACAGGAGUUUUAACAACACGUCACACUAGAAAAGCCGUUGCACUGCAACAAAAUUCUACCCGAAAUAUACAUGAUAUAUCAAGCAAUACGAUAAUUGGUGAAUCUUGUGACAACGAUAUGCCCGUUGAUACAGGAGGUUUCUUAGAAAAAAUAGCCGAAGAGGAGUCAAAGUACAUGGAGGACCAAAAUGGAGGAAUUUCUCCUUUAGAGAACGACAAAAGGUACUUAUUAAGGAGAGACUCCCCAUCCAAUACCAUCAAUAUAACAAGGAUAUAAUAAAAUCUCCUAAGCUUAAAAGCAGACCUAAAUUAAUUGUUUUUGAUUUAAUUUUAUUUUUUUGUGAAUUCAACUUUAUAUAGAACAGAACUUAAAACAAAACAAGUUAAGAUGUACAUUUCAUAUUUCGUAAUUUAAAGUUUAAGCUUUUAUAUUUAAAAAAAAUAAAAAUAAAAAUAACAUUUUACAGUUGUAUCUCUACAGACUUAAAAGACUUUAAUAUUUAUUGUAAUAUAUAAACAGAGGAAGCAUUAUUUCCCUAACACAUAUGUAAAUUUUUUAAAAUAAUAUUUAUAGUUAUUAUACAAUUUUUAAAAAGAACGUACGUUACAUAAAACAUUUUGCACAGCUAUCUUGCUUUAUUCAUACGUAUUUCAACAACAAAAAAUAUAAAUGAUGUGAUUACGAAAUUUCGGGUGCGACAUUUAAAAUAUUACGUAUAUUUUAUUAUAAUAUUACCAAUUACCAACAUCGUUUAAAACACUCAAGAAUUUAGAUAGAAUUUGGAAUUUUGUUUUUCAAUAAUGUUGUAAACUAAAUGUAAAACCGGUAGAAAUAAUGUUGAUUAUUAUUUAAGCAAACCUAAUAUACCUAUCGAAAGACAAAAUCUCGAAAACAAAUUUUAUUAAUACAAAGUACGAUAUCAAACACUCGCCCGAAAAUAAUCUAAGAAUUCUUGGGUAUUUUAGGGAAACCUAUAGGUGCUAAGAUGUAUUAAGAUAUUUAAAGUCAUAAGUAUCGAGUGGUCUCAAUCUUAACUGUGGUAGGGUUCUCCGAAAAAUGUUUAAACUAAUCGUUGUAUGGUCCGAAAAUAUUUAACUAAACAGUAUAUACACAAAUAAUUAAACUAUGUUUAAAAGUUAUAAAAUUAAGAGGCUUAUUAUUUAUACCUAAUUUAGAAAAACAAUUCUUUCACUACCUUCUUAAUAUAUGACUUUAAAAAAAUCUCUUAUUUGCUUCAAAACUGUCUGUUUAUUUUUUUGUAUUUAAUUUGAAAAGCAGUUGGAUAUAGUAGUAUUCAUAAAGGUUUUCGAACAAUCGUAAAAUACGUCUUCACAAUUCUAUUGACUUUCCAGUAGACAUUUAUUAGCUUUAUUUGCAACCACAUAAAAUAAGAAACACACAAAACACUAUCUUCACUAUCGAUACAUUUAUAAUUUUGGCAAUUUUAAACUUGUCUUCGGUUAGUUCAUAAGCGGUAAAACCGAUUUGAUUUUACAAAAUAGCAGAGGAAUACUUUAAGCGACUUUAUAACAUUUAAUUUCAUGAGCUUCCUCCAAUUAUUUUUACAGAUCUUAACAUUGUAGUAAACGUUUAAGGUCUAUAAAGCCUUCUUAAGAAUGAAGACUGUAAGUAUGUUCGUUUGCUCAAAAAUGUUUCUAAAACUCUAAAAUUAGUUUAUAUGGGGUAAGUGCGAUACCUGAAUCGUCAGUUAUUGUUGUUUUUUUUAAGAAGUUCAAACUUAAAUUCGCACAAACCUCUUGCAAAAUUAUUUAAUCAUUACCAGACUGUGUUGUGUUUAUUCCCCACUUAUUCACCUUGUAUACAAAUGUGUUAAAGUUUUUUUUUAUUGUCAUUAUUUUUACACAUAAAGUGUGUUCUUGAGUUUGGGCUGUGGCAUUAUAUUUCUAUUUGCACAAAUAGGUUUAAAAAAUUUAAAUUAAUCAAAAUAGAAAAGAAAUAAAUUCACGUGUUUCGAUUUAGUAUCAAAUUUAAUCUUUUGCAACUAGUGGACCAAUAAAAAAGUAAUAUUUUCAUGUACAUUUAAGAAAAUAUAUUUAAGCAUUUUAACUUAACCGUUCUAAAUCACUAAGGCCCAAUUGCUGAAACGAUACUUAAAUUGUUAAGUUUACCAGUGAAACUUAUGUCGGAGGUUAUACUGGGGAAAAGUUAUAGUUAAGCGUUUAUGAUGAACUUAAAUAUUUAAAAUUCUUGUCAAAAAACGGAUUUUAGAGAAUAUGUACAUUGGAUGUGAUGAAUAUUUUUUUUACUUAAUAUGUAUCAAUUAAUUUUUAGAAACAGUUUAAAGGUUUAAAAGAAUUUCGUAGCUUGUGAUUUAAUAAAGAUUUUCUUAAAAUUUCCAUUCAAUUAAAUUUGUCUUUUUAUAAUUUGAGGUCUUGGGUCGUCGCACUUACCCCUCAACAAAGAGGAGAGAUCAUUUGAGUGUAUAAUAUCAAAGCUUCUAAAAAUUGGAUUUAUCCUUUUAAUUUAUUUGCAAUCUCUUGUUCAAUUUAUUUAAAAAAAGAUCAAUUUCAUUAUUUAAUUUUCUUUUCAAUUAGUUGGUGUGAAAAUACAUCUUUUUCAAAUUUCCAACCGUGUGAUGAUCUUGUUAGCUGCCUCCCUCCGAUCUGACAAAUUACAAUUUUGUUCAACUCUUAAUCAUAAAACAACAAUAUAAAAAGAUUACAUCGGAUUGUAUUCUCAUCUGUUUUCGUUUAAACAAAAAACGAUUAAGAUUAAUGUUUCUUUCAAAAUAUGUAUUUAUUAAAAAAAGAUAACAACCUCCAAAUUUUCAUUUUAACCCUUUUUUUAAAAGAAAAAACUUAAAUAAAUAUUGUGCGUUUAAAACAAUCAAACAAUACUUACAUAUAUUAUAUUAUACAUCUUGAAAUAGAGGUUUUGAAAAAAAAAUGUUGUUGGAUCUUUUGCAUUUUAAUUAACAGAUUUUUACGUCACGUCAAAGAUUUCGUAAUCAAACCUAAAAUCUACCGCACAUGCAUACAUACAAUACAUUAGUAUAAAUAAACUCAUAAAUGUAUUCCGAUUCACAGGAAAUAGUUACCUAUUACAAUUAAAUGAUAGAAUAUUAAUGCUCCUAUUGAAAUAAAUAAAUUUUUCUUUUUUCCAAUACCUACUUCAUAUGUUAUAACAUUGGCUUUCUAAAAGUCUUUUAAAGAAACAAUUUUUACCAAAGCCAAAUACUUUAUUAUAUCAAAGUCUGUCGAAAGCACAUACAUGUAUUUUAUAUUUUAUUAAAUUAAUAUUUUUAAAACUGUGAACACCUAGAUACUUAAUACAUAUAUCUAAAAAUAAGUUUUAUACUCAUAUAUAUUAUCUCCAUAAGUGCAUAACUAAAAAUUUUUUCAUUAAAACAAAUAAUAAAUAAUAUCUAGUACAAUCAAUUAAUUUUAA